CCCCGCCCGCGGCCCGCGGGACCUUUAUAGGGAGCGCCGGCCGCGCGCUGGGAAGUCGGUGCCGCUGCCGUCUCUGCGUUCGCCAUGCGUCCCGGGGCGCCAGGGCCACUCUGGCCUCUGCCCUGGGGGGCCCUGGCUUGGGCCGUGGGCUUCGUGAGCUCCAUGGGCUCGGGGAACCCCGCGCCCGGUGGUGUUUGCUGGCUCCAGCAGGGCCAGGAGGCCACCUGCAGCCUGGUGCUCCAGACUGAUGUCACCCGGGCCGAGUGCUGUGCCUCUGGCAACAUUGACACCGCCUGGUCCAACCUCACCCACCCGGGGAACAAGAUCAACCUCCUCGGCUUCUUGGGCCUUGUCCACUGCCUUCCCUGCAAAGAUUCGUGCGACGGCGUGGAGUGCGGCCCGGGCAAGGCGUGCCGCAUGCUGGGGGGCCGCCCGCGCUGCGAGUGCGCGCCCGACUGCUCGGGGCUCCCGGCGCGGCUCCAGGUCUGCGGCUCAGACGGCGCCACCUACCGCGACGAGUGCGAGCUGCGCACCGCGCGCUGCCGCGGCCACCCGGACCUGAGCGUCAUGUACCGGGGCCGCUGCCGCAAGUCCUGUGAGCACGUGGUGUGCCCGCGGCCACAGUCGUGCGUUGUGGACCAGACGGGCAGCGCCCACUGCGUGGUGUGUAGGGCGGCGCCCUGCCCUGUGCCCUCCAGCCCCGGCCAGGAGCUUUGCGGCAACAACAACGUCACCUACAUCUCCUCGUGCCACAUGCGCCAGGCCACCUGCUUCCUGGGCCGCUCCAUCGGCGUGCGCCACGCGGGCAGCUGCGCAGGCACCCCUGAGGAGCCGCCAGAUGGUGAGUCGGCAGAAGAGGAAGAGAACUUCGUAUGAGCCUGCAGGACAGGCCUGGGCCUGGUGCCCGAGGCCCCCCAUCAUCCCCUGUUAUUUAUUGCCACAGCAGAGUCUAAUUUAUAUGCCACGGACACUCCCUAGAGCCUGGAUUCGGACCACUUGGGGAUCCCAGAACCUCCCUGACGAUAUCCUGGAAGGACUGAGGAAGGGAGGCCUGGGGGCCGGCUGGUGGGUGGGAUAGACCUGCGUUCCGGACACUGAGCACCUGAUUUAGGGCCCUUCUCUAGGAUGGCCCAGCCCCUACCCUAAGACCUAUUGCCGGGGAGGAUUCCACACUUCCGCUCCUUUGGGGAUAAACCUAUUAAUUAUUGCUACUAUCAAGAGGGCUGGGCAUUCUCUGCUGGUAAUUCCUGAAGAGGCAUGACUGCUUUUCUCAGCCCCAAGCCUCUAGCCUGGGUGUGUAUGGAGGGUCUAGCCUGGGUGUGUAUGGACGGUCUAGCCUGGGUGUGUAUGGACGGUCUAGCCGGGGUGAGUAUGGAGGGUCUAGCCUGGGUGUGUACGGACGGUCUAGUCUGAGUGCGUGUGGGGACCUCAGAACACUGUGACCUUAGCCCAGAAAGCCAGGCCCUUCAUGAAGGCCAAGAAGGCUGCCACCGUUCCCUGCCAGCCCAAGAACUCCAGCUUCCCCACUGCCUCUGUGUGCCCCUUUGCGUCCUGUGAAGGCCAUUGAGAAAUGCCCAGUGUGCCCCCUGGGAAAGGGCACAGCCUGUGCUCCUGACACGGGCUGUGCUUGGCCACAGAACCACCCAGCGUCUCCCCUGCUGCUGUCCACGUCAGUUCAUGAGGCAACAUCGCGUGGUCUCAGACGUGGAGCAGCCAGUGGCAGCUCAGAGCAGGGCACUGUGUCCGGCGGAGCCAAGUCCACUCUGGGAGAGCUCUGGUGGGGACCACGGGCCACUGCCACUGCUCAUCCACUGGCCCCGAGGGGGGUGUAGACGCCAAGACUCACGCAGUUGUGACAUCUGGAGUCCUGGAGCCGAGUGUCCCAGCGGCACCACUAGGUGCUUGCUGCCUCCACAGUGGGGUUCACACCCAGGGCUCCUCGGUCCCCCACAUCUUGCCCCGGCCAGGCCUGCAGACCCAGACUCCAGCCAGACCUGCCUCACCCACCAAUGCAGCCGGGGCUGGCGACACCAGCCAGGUGCUGGUCUUGGGCCAGUUCUCCCACGAUGGCUCACCCUCCCCUCCAUCUGGGUUGAUGCUCAGAAUCGCCUACCUGUGCCUGCGUGUAAACCACAGCCUCAGACCAGCUAUGGGGAGGGGACAACACGGAGGAUAUCCAGCUUCCCCGGUCUGGGGUGAGGAGUGUGGGGAGCUUGGGCAUCCUCCUCCAGCCCCCAGGCAGUGCCUUACCUGUGGUGCCCAGAAAAGUGCCCCUAGGUUGGUGGGUCUACGGGAGCCUCAGCCAGGCAGCCCACCCCACCCUGGGGCCCUGCCUUACCAAGGAAAUAAAGACUCAAAGAAGCCA